UGCUCCGUUCAGAGUCAUCCCUCUGGGAAGUCGAGGAGCAGGACCGAGGCAGUGUUUUACUGAAAGCAGCAUCGUAAGUCCCCUUGCAGCAAGGAAAGCCUGUUGCUCUCGUGCUGCAGUGCAGCUGCGUUUUGAGUACUUCGCUGUUGCGUAUUCGUGGGGUUUUCUUCUACGGUAGGUACGUAACGCUAUGGAUGUGCUUUACAAACCCCGGCUUCUGAAAAGGAGAGUUCUGCGCUUGAGGAAGUCGCCCUGGCAGGGGUGCGUGUCCCUGAGCACAGCCAGGAGGAGAACCGGGCUGUGCUGCUGCUGAAGCCAGUCAGGCGCAAUAUUUAUUACUUUCCUGGGAACUCGAGGCUAGAAAGUCAGAAUACUUGUGCAUGAGUAGUAUCUAUUUAUCGCACAGUCUACUUAAUGCAUAAAUACUCGUAUCAAGUGAAACUCGGCAGCUCCACACGUUACGCUGUGGCUGCCUGCACGGAGGGAGGACGUAGCAGCAGUGCGGUACGGCUCUCCUGCCUGUGAGCAGACUUCCAGUCUGACGCUUCAAAUGCACUGAGUUAGGGAGGCAAGAAGUUUAACAUUUCCAGAACCUGCGUUUUAUGCCCAUUUGAACUCCGUGGUCACUUCAUUCCGCAGACUUUACACUGGUGGUGUGUGAGCAGAAUUCGAACGUGAUUUUCAAAGUCGUCAUAAGAAUUCUUUGGUUUCCUGUAAUCGGAGGUGAAGGCAGUCACCGCGGCUGCUGUUCAGUCCAUUAAGACACUUGCAGAAGUAGCGAAGUGAUGUGAAGUUGUCUUCCAAGAUGACUCUUCUACCUGGGGAAAAUUCCGACUAUGACUACAGUGCCCUGAGCUGUGCUUCAGAUACUUCCUUCAACCACACGUUCUUUCCAGAAACAGAAACCCUCAAGGGAGUCUUUUACCAAAGAGCCAAGCUAAUUCACCCUCAAGAGGACCUCCUGAAAGGCUUUCACCCUGAUGAUCGGAAGCAUCAUAUUAUUAUAAACGUAGGGGGCAUUAAGUAUUUGCUCCCAUGGACCACUCUUGAUGAAUUCCCAUUGACACGUUUGGGACAACUGAAAUUCUGUAAUAAUUUUGAUGACAUUCUAAACAUCUGUGAUGAUUACGAUGUGACAUGUAAUGAAUUCUUUUUUGACCGCAACCCAGGGGCGUUCAGGACAAUCCUGACCUUUUUGCGGGUUGGAAAACUUCGACUCCUGCGUGAGAUGUGUGCGCUGUCUUUCCAAGAGGAGCUGCUCUACUGGGGAAUUGAGGAAGACAACUUGGACUGGUGCUGUAAAAGGAGAUAUCUGCAAAAAAUGGAGGAGUUUACAGAAAUAAAUGAACGAGAGGAUGACCUCAUAGAAAAUGAAACAACAGGUGAAACAGUAGAGGAGACAAAAAUUGGCUUGUGCAUGAAAAAGUUGCAAGACAUGGUGGAAAGGCCCCAGUCUGGCCUCCCUGGAAAGGUGUUUGCUUGUUUGUCUGUUUUAUUUGUAACUAUUACAGCAGUGAACUUAUCCAUCAGCACCAUGCCUGACCUGCGGGAGGAGGAGGAGAAGGGCGAGUGUUCCCAGAUGUGCUACAAUAUUUUCAUUGUGGAGUCCGUCUGCGUGGCAUGGUUUUCCCUGGAGUUCCUGCUAAGAUUCAUCCAGGCAAAGAGCAAGUUUGCGUUUCUGCGGAGACCAUUAACCCUGAUAGACAUUAUAGCCAUCCUGCCGUACUACAUCACUUUGCUAGUGGACACCACUUCGGUGGGCUACAAAAAGCCCAGCUCUGGCAGCAUCUACCUGGACAAAGUAGGUCUGGUCCUCCGUAUUCUCCGUGCCUUGAGGAUUCUGUACGUCAUGCGGCUGGCCAGGCACUCCCUGGGGCUGCAGACGCUGGGGCUGACCGCCCGCAGGUGCACCCGGGAGUUCGGUCUCCUGCUGCUCUUCCUCUGCGUGGCCAUCGCACUGUUUGCACCGCUCCUGUACGUCAUCGAGAACGAGAUGGCGGACUCGCAGGAGUUCACCAGCAUCCCCGCGUGCUACUGGUGGGCUGUCAUCACCAUGACCACGGUAGGCUACGGGGAUAUGGUUCCCCGGAGCAUUCCCGGCCAGGUGGUGGCACUGAGCAGCAUACUGAGUGGCAUCCUCCUCAUGGCGUUUCCAGUCACCUCCAUCUUCCACACGUUUUCACGCUCCUACCUUGAGCUAAAGCAAGAACAGGAAAGAAUAAUGUACAGGAGAGCACAGUUCCUGUUGAAAACAAAGUCUCAGAUAAGCAGUGCGUCGCAAGGGAGCGAUAUUUUAUUCCCCAGUAUCUCCUCUGAGACUAGGGACAAUGAAUGAAAUUUAAGUUACUAUUUCUCCUGAUGUCAAGUAACGGUUUGUUGUAUCAGAUUCCAUCUUUUAAUUUGCUUUGGAAGCGUUUUACAAAGGUAACCCUCGUAUUAAAAUGAAGAAAAGGAGCUAUUAACCGGGAGCUGAUGUGGUUUAAGAAGUCUAUUAUUAUGCUGUUUCUCCCCCCCACCCAAUAUAACGUCUAGGACGGAUCUUUCACUGAGAUCAUACAGUGGGAUUUUAGGAAUGAAAAGUUCUCUGACAAAAAAAAAAGAACAGCGUAUAGUUAUGUACUUGACAGGCUGUUGUGCCAUUUGUAAUACACAUUUUUCCAACCGAAUCACAAUGCAUACAAUCAUUAAACAGGCUGCCAUUUUUCUUGUUCUUCUUGUAUAUAAAUAAUGUAAAUACAACACAAUUAAUGGCUAAAUUCUCUCCCAGUAAAACGCCUUAGAGCGUAAUGGAAAUAACCACAGAUGUUUGUCCCGUUGUGCUCCUUAAAAAAAAAAUUAAGAUUUGUCAUUCACAACAGCAACGGUGUAUUUCUUUGUAAGUCAGCCCUAAACACACCAGGGAAGAAGAAUCGCGCUGUUUGUAUCGUAACCUUGCUAAAGAUGUAAAUACUUGUAGCUCACCAGCUUCAGCGUUUCACUGACGUUCCAGCGUGGAUCCCAUGUCACUGAACGCGGUAUUCCCAGGAGCAAAGUCUUUCAGUUUUGUAGCAUUUAAUAUUAUUAUCAAGAGGCGACUAGCUGCAAAUCAAAUGCAAUAUGCAUGAUGAGAUGCCAGUCAUUCCCUGCCAUCUGUUUCCAUGUUUUUCCUCUACCUCGGCUAUGAACAGAAUUCGGAGAGGCCUGUUUCCAGGGGACACCCUACCAUUACUUGGCAGAUCGAUGCUGCGGGUACCCAUUCACAUGCAGCACUUGGCUCUUUAAAAGGAGCAGAAAAUAUACGGUCGUGGGAAGCUGCCAAUGAUGAAAAAAAGAAAAUAUCAUUUGAGUCAUGGAGUGGGGGGGGGGUACCGACAGCUUUAUACUUCGCUGUCCUCAGUCAUGAGGGACUUAAAACUUAAUUAGCUGUACCUUUGCCAUCAUUACAGACCUCAGAGCAACAGCGAAAAUCUUAAAUAGGGUAUGAAAAA